AUGAUAGGGGAUGAAGAAAAUACAGAAUUUAUAAGCGAGGUUAGUAAAUAGGAAAAAAACGAAUCCAAAUUGGGACCUCUCAAAUCAGAUAAAAAAACUCAUGUUAAUAACUUGAUAUAUUUUGGGGCAACCUUAGCAUUCACAUGUAUAAUUAUGCUACUAUUUUGGAAUGUUAAGAAAUAAAGCUUUCACAAAAAGAAUGCCCACCUACUAGUGAUAUCUCAAGAAGAAUUCGAUUAUUUUGAUUAGUUAAGCGAUACGACCAAGGUUUCCAAUUGCAAUCAGACUAUAUCGAAUCAAAACACCCUCGUAAUUGUAAGCAAUCAGAUUGUCAAAGAUGAUGUAAAAGAUUGCAUCGAGCAUUUAAAACCACAAUUUAGUGAUAUUUUAUUGAUAAUCUAUAAUGCUACAUAAGAGUCAAUAUUAAAGGAAGAAGAUAAAAAUGUGAUUCAAUACUAUUUAUCAAACACAGAAUUAUCAAUACCAAAUUCAGAGAUCUAAAAAUUUGAAUAAUUAGAGGAAGACGAAUAAUUGGAAGUUGUUGCUUAGAUUAUUAACAAUAUUUUUAAAUGAACUUAUAUAAAAUAAUAAUUUAUGUCAGAAUAUAUGGAGUA